AUGAGCGACAACGGAAAAGACGGAAAAGCUCGUGAGAGCUUUGCUUCCAUCCUCAGCUACUACCAGCACAAUCGCAGGUCGCUGGAGAAUGUUCCGACGUGGGGAGACCGACCGGACAGCGGGACCAUCAUGAUCGCCCUUGCAAAAGAUACUGUGCCGUCGGCGGAUCAGACGGAGAAAAACAAGCGGAAACUGAAGGAACUUCUUGCGGCUCAGGAGGCGAUUGAUAAGUUGUCCCCUCUGGAGAGGCAGAUCAUGAGCCAGGCGGCCAAUUCAAGCAAAGCAAGACGGUCAAGGGGUGUCAUGGCCUCGUCGAGAAUGUCUUUUUUAUUUUACCGAUCGCCAAUCCCUCUGCGCAACCGAGAAAAGCGGCUUGAUUUUCAUGAUGCGAGCGAUUACUGCUUGUAUCUACACAAAGAAUCAAUAAAACACCCUCCUUUCCUCUUCUCCUUCGCAGGAUAG